CCACACUGAACCGGAGCGUCGCUCUUAUCUGCACCGCCGCAAACUCCGCAAUCGCUCGGACACGGUUGCGGACUUUUGCCCUCUCUCCAUAACAUGUAAAGACACGGCACCGGCAUGCAGCGCCAGAUCACCUCGGACAUGUUCGUCUCCAAGUCGCCCAAAAGUCAGGCCAAGUAUGACUCCGCAGAGCAGAUGUGUAUGGUGGAGUGUAGUUGCGAGAAGGAGCGCCCAUAUUGCGUGCAAACGUCUGAGCCCCAAGUGCAGCAAGGCCUUGACAACUUGGCCUAUGAGUAUGGCAGCCAAAGUGACCUCUGCCCGUCAAUCAAAACCUCCGCAGAAACGUUUAAACUGCUGGGGCUGGCCCCAGAGCAUCCGAGCCACGGCAUCGUAGAGAGCAGGAUCUCCGGGCUGAGCGGAGUGCAGGCUGUCAGUUCUGCAUCCCCGAGGCGGAUGAUCAAGGUGGACUACUUAAGCUCUGUGAUCACAGCCGCAGAGAUCGCCCUGGAGCUGCGCAGGAUCGGCUUCCAUGUGGAAUCAGGGGUGUGGAUCAGGGUAGAUGGCAUGCACUGCCAGUCUUGCGUGCAGUCCAUUGAGCAACAUGUCGGCACUCUGCGAGGGGUUACGCAUGUUCGCGUCUCACUCGAAGAAGGCACAGUGCUGGUUGCAUUUCAACCACUUCACAUCACUCAAGAAGACCUGAGAGACAAGAUUGAGGAUAUGGGGUUUGGGGCUACUUUACUGGCUGAUGAUCCAUCUCGCGCCAUCAGCCACUGGCGGGGCGAUACAACCCAAGUAGUGACUGUUUGGAUUGGAGGAAUGACCUGUAGUUCAUGUGUACAGUCAAUAGAGGGGAGGAUCUCUCAGAUGAUGGGGGUCCACUCCAUGGAAGUAUCACUAAAAGACCAAAAGGGAACAAUUACCUUUGACCCUGGCCUCACAGGGCCUGAGCAGCUCAGGGUAGCUAUCGAGGAUGUGGGCUUUGACGCAUCACUCCAAGAACCAGUCCAGACUCAAGAAGUGGCCGUUAACUAUGAACUGUCUGACCUGUCGAACUGGUCAUGUAAAAGAGAACAAAGCACUGGCACCGUUUGUCAUUCCACCCCUACAAGCCAGCAGGCCAGCACUAAAGAGCAAAAGUGCUUCAUCAGCAUCAAGGGGAUGACUUGCGCCUCGUGUGUAGCCAACAUUGAGAAGAACCUGCUAAAACACCAGGGAAUCAUCUCGGUUUUGGUGUCGCUGAUGGCCGGAAAAGCGGAGGUCAAAUAUGACCCUGACUUGAUAGAUGCUCUUGCUGUGACUCAUCUCAUAGAGGACUUGGGUUUUGGUGCCAAGGCCAUCGAGGACAACACAGUCACACACGGAAAACUGGAUCUCACUAUAACUGGAAUGACGUGCACUUCCUGUACCCACAAUAUUGAGUCAAAGCUCAGCUCAACCAAAGGGAUCAUUGGUGCCUCGGUGGCCUUGGGAACCAAAACAGCGAACAUCCAGUUUGAUCCAGAUGUGCUGGGAGCUCGAGAUAUAAUCAUGAUAAUUCAGAGCCUUGGUUUCGAUGCCCAUGUGAAGAAGUCAGGAUUCAAAAGUAAUCUCGAUCACAAAGAAGAGAUUCGACAAUGGAAGACCUCUUUCCUGCUCAGCCUGGUGUUUGGCCUGCCUGUCAUGGGCCUCAUGAUUUACAUGAUGGUGAUGGACAGUCAGCACCAGGAGCAUGGAGGCUCCAUGCCGGAGGAACAAAACCUGCUGCCUGGCCUCUCAGUCCUAAAUCUGACUUUCUUCCUGCUUUGUACGCCUGUCCAGGUCUUCGGAGGCCGGUACUUCUAUAUCCAGGCAUAUCGCGCUUUGAAACAUGGGACAGCCAACAUGGAUGUCCUUAUUGUGCUGGCUACCUCAAUUGCUUACAUCUACUCUUGCGUGGUACUCAUCGUUGCCAUGGCAGAAGGAGCCAGUCAGAGCCCAGUCACAUUUUUUGACACACCACCGAUGCUCUUUGUGUUUAUUGCACUGGGGCGAUGGCUGGAGCACUUGGCCAAGAGUAAAACCUCUGCGGCUUUGGCCAAGUUAAUGUCACUGCAAGCCACUGAUGCGACUGUCGUCACCAUGGGACCUGACCACUCCAUUAUUAGUGAGGAGCAGGUGCUGGUGGAGUUGGUGCAACGGGGCGACGUUGUGAAGGUGGCCCCAGGAGGGAAGUUUCCCGUAGAUGGGAAAGUGAUUGAAGGAAGCUCAAUGGCAGAUGAGUCUUUAAUCACAGGUGAGCCGAUGCCUGUCAACAAGAGGGUGGGUAGCCCGGUGAUUGCUGGCUCGAUCAACGCUCAUGGUGGUCUUCUUGUGGAGGCCACCCACGUCGGUGCAGAGACCACGCUGUCACAAAUCGUCAAACUUGUGGAGGAAGCCCAAACAUCUAAGGCUCCCAUUCAGCAGUUUGCUGACCGACUCAGCGGAUACUUCGUCCCCUUCAUCAUUGUGGUCUCUCUGCUAACUCUGGUGGCGUGGCUCUCCGUUGGCUUUGUCAAUUUUGACAUUGUGAGAGAGAACUUCCCGGGUUAUAACGCCAACAUAUCCAAGGCCGAAGUCAUCAUCCGGUUUGCCUUUCAGGCGUCCAUCACUGUUCUUUCUAUUGCAUGCCCUUGUUCUCUGGGCCUGGCCACCCCGACAGCAGUCAUGGUGGGCACUGGGGUGGGAGCGCAGAGUGGGAUCCUCAUCAAAGGAGGCGAACCACUGGAGAUGGCCCACAAGAUUAAUGUGGUGAUGUUUGAUAAGACGGGCACCAUCACUAAUGGAGUGCCCCAGGUGACGCGAGUCUUGGUGCUGUGGGAGAUGGCCCGCAUGCCUCUGAGAAAGAUCCUGGCGGUGGUGGGAACAGCAGAGGCCAGCAGUGAGCACCCACUGGGCAUUGCAGUUGCCAAACACUGCAAAGGAGAGCUGGGCUCGGAUGUCCUGGGUUACUGCCAAGACUUCCAAGCAGUGCCUGGCUGCGGGAUCAGCUGCCGGGUUUCCAACGUGGAUCACCUGCUCCCACAGCGGAGUCAAGAGGGGUUCCUGUUGCCUGGAUCAUCCACGGAUGAGAGCAGCCUUGUUGGGGCCGCAGAGAUAUCAAAUGCAGGUGAGGUUUUGUGUUACUCUGUCCUGAUCGGGAAUAGAGAAUGGAUGCGGAGGAAUGGCCACCAUGUUGGAGCAGACGUUGAUGCCGCCAUGUCAAGCCAUGAGGCAAAGGGGCAGACGUCUAUACUCGUGGCCAUAGAUGGAGUACUGUGCGCCAUGAUCGCCAUUGCAGACACAGUAAAGGCCGAGUCAGCCUUGGCCGUGCACACACUUAGAAGCAUGGGGAUCCAGGUGGUCAUGAUAACAGGGGAUAACAAACGCACAGCUAAAGCCAUCGCUGCACAGGUAGGAAUCGGGAAGGUGUUUGCAGAGGUGCUACCUUCACACAAGGUGGCCAAAGUGCAGGAGCUCCAGGAACAAGGCUUGCAUGUGGCCAUGGUUGGAGACGGCGUCAACGAUUCCCCCGCCCUUGCUCGGGCUGAUGUCGGCAUCGCCAUCGGCACAGGCACUGACGUGGCAAUCGAAGCAGCAGAUAUAGUUCUUAUCCGAAAUGACCUUCUCGAUGUAGUUGCCAGCAUCGAGCUGUCAAAGAAGACCGUGCAGAGGAUACGGAUAAACUUUUUCUUUGCGGUUAUCUACAACCUUGUCGGAAUACCCAUUGCUGCAGGAAUGUUCAUGCCUGUUGGUCUGGUACUCCAACCCUGGAUGGGCUCAGCUGCAAUGGCCACCUCAUCCCUUUCUGUGGUCCUGUCCUCUUUGCUGCUCAGAUUAUACAAAAAAACCUCAGUGGAGCUAUAUGAGGCAAGAGCAAGAGGCCUGAUGCGGAGCCUCCGGUCCUCACAGAUCAGUACAUAUCCAAGACUAGAAGGCCACCGGCGCACUACAACUCCUUCCACUGGACCUUGGGAAGAGCACAGCACCAACGGCACACUCGUUUUAUAAAAU